GUUCAGGAGGACAAAAUGAUAUUUCUCUCAGUUGGUUACUCAACCUGUCACUGGUGUCACGUGAUGGAAAGAGAAUCCUUUGAAAAUGAAGAAAUAGCUCAAACUAUGAAUGAAAAUUUCGUUAACAUCAAAGUUGAUAGAGAAGAAAGGCCUGAUGUCGAUAAAGUGUACAUGACAUUUGUACAGUCUACAACAGGCGGUGGUGGAUGGCCCAUGAGUGUUUGGUUAACACCAGAGUUGAAACCUAUAUUAGGUGGUACAUACUUUCCUCCUGAUGAUCGUUAUUAUGGUCAACCUGGCUUUAAAACCAUUUUGCACCACAUUGCCCAACAGUGGAAAAUAAAUAAAGACAAAGUUUUGGAUCAAGGAAGUCGUAUUCUUGAGAUUAUAAUACAGUCAAUGAGCCUCAAAGCUUUUUCUGAAUCUGGGAAAGCACCUCCUAGUUUAGAAUGUGUAAAAAGUUGUGUUUCAGAAUUGAUUCAGUCAUAUGACAAAGCUUAUGGUGGAUUUGGAAGUGCUCCGAAAUUUCCGCAACCAGUUAUCUUUAAUUUCUUGUUUCGUGCUUUUGCUGCUAAUCCUGAGUCUAAAGAUGGUAAGGAAUCUCUAGAGAUGGCACUUCAUACUUUGAAAAUGAUGGCCCGAGGAGGAAUUCAUGACCACAUUGCAAAGGGCUUUCAUAGGUAUUCCACAGAUCAGUUUUGGCAUGUACCUCAUUUUGAAAAAAUGCUUUAUGACCAAGGUCAACUUGCUUCCUCUUAUUUAGAUGCUUACCAGAUCACAAAAGAUGAAUUUUAUGCAGAUGUGGCUCGAGAUAUUCUAGAAUAUGUUUCUAGAGACCUUAAGGAUGUGAAUGGAGGAUUUUAUAGCGCUGAAGAUGCAGAUUCUUUGCCAUCUGCGUCUGCAGCAAGAAAGAAGGAAGGAGCUUUUUAUGUAUGGACGGAAAGUGAAAUAAGAGAGCAUUUAACAGAGACAGUGCCUGAAACAAACUUGACAUUAGCUGAUGUGUUUUGUAAAUUCUUUAAUGUAGAAGCCGAUGGAAAUGUAGAUCCUUAUCAAGAUCCACAUCAUGAGUUAAAAGAAAAAAAUGUCUUGAUAGCAAAAAGUACAGAAGAAGAGUGUGCCAAAGAUUUAGGAAUUGAAGUGGAUGUGUUUAAAAAUGCCUUACAUAAAGCAAGAAAAGCUUUGUUUGAAGUGCGGCAAAAAAGGCCAAGACCUCAUAUGGAUGAUAAAUUUGUGACUUCUUGGAAUGGUUUGAUGAUUAGUGGUUUUGCCAAAGCAUCUCAAGUUCUGCAGGAGAAAGAAUAUGCUCAAUAUGCCAUGGAUGCAGCUCAAUUUUUACAUAAACACUUGUAUAACCCUCAGACAGAGUGUUUAUUAAGAAGUGCAUACAAAGGUAGCAAUGGAAGCAUUGCCCAAAUAUUAACUCCCAUACCAGCAGUUUUAGAGGAUUAUACUUUUCUUGUGAGAGGCUUGCUUGACCUUUACGAAGCAUGUUAUGACCCCUGGUGCUUAGAAUGGGCAUCUAAACUGCAAACAACACAGGACUGCCUUUUUUGGGAUGCUGCUGAUGGUGGAUAUUAUAACAGUGUUUCUACAGAUUCAUCAAUUGUCUUAAGACUUAAAGAAGAUCAAGACGGAGCUGAACCAAAUCCAAAUUCUGUGGCCGUAUGCAAUCUCCUGCGAUUAUCUGUCAUCUUUGAUGACUUGAGUUUGCAAGACAAAGCUGUGAAAAUUUUGUCCUUAUUCAGUCACAGGAUGGUGAUGUUACCUAUGGCUUUACCAGAAAUGCUUUGUGGACUGCUGUUUUAUUCAACAAAUUUCAAACAGAUACUUAUUGUUGGAAAGAAAGACUGUGAAGAAGCAGUUAAAUUGUUAAAGACAGUUCAUCGACAUUUUCUUCCAUUUAAAAUACUUCUGCUUGUAAAUGAAGAAUCAAAAGCAUUGCUGAAGGCAAGGUUGAAAACUUUAAAAGAUGUUCAAGUAGAUGAAAGUAACACUCUUGCAUACAUUUGUCAAAAGAAUUCUUGCUCUCUUCCUGUUUCUUCAUCUGAAGAAAUUGAAAAAUUAUUGCUGGAAACUCAACCACAAACUGAAAGCUAA